GAUGUUUCUGUUUCUUUUCUUAACCCUAAACUUUAAUUUUACGAGGCAGUCAACCGUAACCAGUACAACAAAACCUCUACUUUUAACGUAAUAUGACAAUUCAUGUCUGACACCUGGAAUAAAGAUGUCGCAGAACGGUGUAAAAGCUCACGACAACGCAGCAUUCACAACGUCUACUGAUGAUGUUAACGUCAUAGUUACAAAGGAUAGCCUGCCUCCAAAAAGUGACAUUUCAACAGGAGAAUCAAGAUGGGGAUGCUGUUCGUUCAGACCAAGAUGUCUUCAAGGUUUAAACAGAAUGUCACUGUUUACAUUAUUUGUAUGUAUUAUGUGUUUCCUAGAAGGUUUCGCAGUAAACGGUGUCGCCAAUGCUGCAAUCCCAGCCAUAGAAAGACAGUUCAAACUACCAUCCACAAAGUCUGCACUGAUUCCAAGUUCACAAGAUAUUGGAGCUUUAGUUGUAGUGCUGUUUGUCAGUUUUAUUGGUGGUCGAUAUAAUAAAGCAUCAUGGGUAGCUUCUGGAUCACUCAUUAUGGCUGUUGGAUCCUUUUUAUUUAUGGUUCCUCACUUUUUAGAAAAAUAUGUUUACCCAGAGUCCACAACACAGUCAUCCUAUAACUGUACAAUAAGCAACCCUCCUUCAGGCGAUUGUGACGUAGGAGGAGAACAGUAUCUUAUCGUGUUUAUAGCAGCACAGAUCGUACACGGAGUUGGUUUUACUCCAAUGUUCACCCUCGGGACAGCUUAUAUAGACGAGAAUGAAGAGCAUUCCUUAGCAGCAGUAUAUAUAGGUUUGACCUAUGCACUGACAGCCAUUGGUGUAGCUGCAGGAUUUUUCGUCGGUGGGGAAUUGGGUCAGAAUUAUUUUGUGGAUUUUGACAGGGUAGAUCAAGACAGUCUAGGUUUUGAUGCUACAGACAGUAGGUGGAUCGGAGCAUGGUGGCUUGGAUUUGUUAUAGCCAUAUUAGGAUUCAUUGUUAUAGCCAUUCCAAUUUUUGGAUAUCCGAAAUAUCUACCAGGAAAAGAAAAAUCCACAGAACUAGAACCAAAACAGGAGAAACCACCAACAGAAAACAUGUUUAAACAGUUCUUUGUUUCAUUUAUAGACCUGAUAAAGAAUCCCACCUUUAUGAUGCUAACAUUUGCAGGAAGUACGAACACACUAAUCAUUUCUGGCGUUGGAGCAUUUUCUUUUAAAUUAUUAAUGGAACAGUAUAACAUGCAGUUUGAUGAUGUAGGUUUUUUAAUUGGAGGAUUGAUAUUAGUCGGAUCUGUUGGAAUGUUUGGAGGUGGUUUAUUAAUCAAAAUGUGUGGACUCGGUAUCAAGGGAAUGCUGAACAUGUGUUUCAUCGCGUCAUUUAUAUCUGGGGUUCUUGGAAUAGCUUUUAUCGCAGGAUGUCCAGAAGUAAAGCUUGCAGGGUUAGAGGUUCCAUAUCCGAAUAAAAUAAAUACAUUAGCUGGAUAUAAUGACGUUUGUCAAGGAUCUUGUCAGUGCCAGUAUGAAGGUCUGUCAUUAGUCUGUGGAAAAGAUAAUAUUGUAUAUCAUUCACCAUGUCAUGCAGGAUGCGCAACUCAAUCAGGAAAGAUGACGUAUCAUAACUGCAGUUGUGUAGCCGCUAGUUUAAAUAUUCCAACAGAUCACGCUAACGCUAUGGUGAGCGCCGGACGAUGUGAAGAUGGAUGUGACAAGUUAUACAUAGUAGCGCCAUUAAUGUUUAUAUCUAUGAUAUGUGUACUUACCACUGUGACUCCUAAUUCCAUGGCUCUGAUGCGGGUGGUCAAAGAUGAACAACGACCAUUUGCUUUAGGAGUACAGUGGGUGUUUAUUCGUUUGUUAGGGUCGAUACCAGGGCCUUUUCUAGUAGGAUGGGCUAUUGACAAUGCAUGCUUAAUAUUUCUAGAAGGAUCAUGCGGUAACCAAGGAAACUGUUUGUUAUACAGUCACGAUUCGAUGGCGUUAGGUGUUAUGGUGUGGUGGCUUGUUGUUUGUCUACUUUCGGCACUGUUUUACUUGCUAGCUAUAUUCUUUCAGUGUUGUAGAGGAGAAAAAGGCUCUUUUGAUUUGACUAAAAAGUAAUGAACAUCUGGUUAAUGUAUUUUAGUGAUGACAUUUUUUAUUCGGGCAUUAUCAUUCACGCUAAUUUUUUAUACAAACGUACACGAAUUAGUGUGGAGUAAAUUUUGUUAUAUUUUUAUUGUUGACUAGUAGACCACUUUCGAGUUUGUCCGUCACCGAAAAAAACUCGUCAACUAUGCGCGCCUUUGAAACGUCAUUUACCAGAUCGAGGGGAUUGCCCGUAUCCCUGCACUGUAAAGUUCAUCAAGCAUCGUAUAGCGAUCGUCAUUUUACAGGAUAAACUAGAAAUAAUAUUUGUUCUGUAGGUACUUUAUCACGAUUCCCUAAUUACAGCAGUGAUGAGAGACAAUUAUAAGUAUUUGAUUUGCCGAAUAAUUCGUGCAUAUGGUUUUAUAGUUUUCCAACCACUCGCUCAACAUUGGAACGGAAGUGACGACGCCCCCCCCCUAAACGGAUGAAUGCUGGUCACUUAAACCAAAGUUUUUGACGGAAAUGCACCGAACUCGAGAGUUGUUUAUUGAAUUGUUAAUUUGUUUUUUUAAUUUUGAUAUAGAUCCCGAAUUGUAUUUUAUUGUAUUCCAUUAUGUUUUAUUCAUUAUUUUUCAUUCAAACUCUAUUUGAUGAAGGUAAAUCAUAUUAAUCAUUUUCUUUUUUGACAUAUAAUUUAAUACAGAAAACUGAUGUGUUCUUACCAAAGAUAAUAAUUAAACUUUGACACCAAUAAAUAAAUAAAUAAAUAUAUUAUCAUAAAAUGUUUGAAACCACUUCAUUAUAGACAGGUUGGUAUAGUUUCUUUUUUUAUGGAUUCAAUACUGAUAUUCAGACUGAUCUGAUACCGUACUGAUUCAGUGUUUACUCUCAGAGCUAACCUAGUCUUUAUCGAUAUCUAGCACUUUCAGUUGUAGUUUGUGUAUGACUUUUUAAAAGAUAUAAGUUUAACAGUUUAUUCCAUAAUAAUUCAGAUCAAUUCAAUUCAAAGUUGUAUUAUCAUAUGCAUCGGCUUAUAAUGAUUUAUGACUUAUGAACUUUACCAUGGACGUACAUAUUUUAACAACACUUUGGUUAAUUUCUCACUUUUUUAUAAAUUUAUAUUCUAUGUAUUGGAUUAAUUUUUCUAAAUCUGGUUUAUUAUAUAUUUUUUUUUAGUGGGAUCUUGAAUUAGAAC